AAAGCGCGCCGCCUUCCUCAACGGUGGCUCACUCACCGUCAACCAAACCGCCCCCGUCAAACCAGAGACGGCUGUUUUAUUGUUAAGUUUUGUUUUGUUUCGUUUCGUUUCUUGCCAUCGCCAACCGGUCAAGUCAGCCGCGCCUUCAAGGACGGACGCACGCAAUGUUGCCGCUCUCUUAGCUGUCGUUGCAAUAUGAAAGCGAGUGGAAAACUUGCAAGUCGUGCGAAAACAUCGCGGAGCACAAACAACUCGCCGGCAGUACGGUACGUGGCGUCUCUUCGCUUCGGUUGUGCUAGCGUGUCGUGACAUUGCUGGCGUUAGUAACGAGCUGAACGUACUGACAGUCUGUUGAUAUUGCCGAGGAAUCCGUGAAGCAGCUGAGUUUUAAAGGUAGCUAGGGCUUCUUUCUGUCCUUCGAGGACUCGCAGCUCGCUUUCGUCACCCAGGAAACGAAGGCUUGUCUUGACUCUGGCUGUAAACUGCGACUUCAUCAGCUCAAGAAUGCCACUUAGAGAACUUGCCACAGUCGUCGCCCUUUUGGUAGGCCUGACGUCACUGCGGGGCGCGUCCGCCGAGGGACUUUGCACGCCCUCUCCUGAGGCGACCGACAUUGCCGACCGCGCGACCUGUCCCUUCAAGAUGUCCAUGGACGUGGACCCUUCUAGGAUCCCUUCCGAGUUGCCAGUGACCAAGUGCAACUGCCCGGACAGUCUGUGUAGUGACAAGGGUGACUACCGCUGCCAAGAGGUGAAGAGUACGUUUAAAGUGGCCUACCGAGGCGCGUCGUCAGAGUUGACCAACAAGACGCUGGAACUGACUACGGCCUGCGUGUGCGUUGUGAGCAAGUCGGCCGGAGCAGUGUGGGGCGGCCAGAGAACCACAGGUGGUGAUCCCCAUAAGCCGGCGAAGUUCUAGUCGCGUUCGUUUAUGUCUGGAUUUUUUUGCGGCAUCGAAGUGUGCAUGUGUGACUCGUGAGUUGACGUCACUAUGACGAAUUUCCGCCGUGCAUGGUCCUGUGGUCCUUAAUCUGACGGAUAGCGUAUGCCGUGGCCGCUUUAUUAAUGGCAUAACCCUGUACUUGUAUUCGAAGCAUUGCCGACAACAUGGGGCCGGACGGAAGUAUGUUGUUAGUGCUUUUCUUCGGUGUCUCAUUUUACGUCUUCUACCGCCAAUUCUUUUUGUUUACUUUUGUAUUAUUCUUCCUUGUGAUCAGAGAAAGCGGCUAUUCGUACAACGUUGGCCUUUCUGCGAUCACACUAUUUGUCACUUCUUUUGUGAGCGCCGUGCACUACAACAGGAUAGAAACGUAGAACGACUUGACUAGCAUUAAGCAAGUUUUGUGCUGUAUGAGAUACCAGAUGCGGCUACGGUUAAUCGUCGCAACAACGCGUGGUUUAUCUUUCAUUGGCUUUAUCUGAUCACGUGUGAAAGAAGUCGGGGCGCAUUGCGCAAUGUAAUGUCUAUGAUUGUAAGGCACGGUCAUGUGUCUUCGUCCGACUGUUCUACAUCUUCUCGUUGUUGUGGUUAGGUGGGAGACAAUGCAUCUUCUUUUUUUUUGGAGAACAAGGCCGAGGUUUUAAUGGCGGGGCCCGAGCAAAUGGUGUUUACAAAACGCGAUACGACAGCUUUCGCAUUUUCAAUUCAUAAAGCCUUGGACUUCAAUCAAUAAUCUAGAGUCUUCUAAAAAAUUACAGCAUCUCCCCAGCUAAACACGCCGCUGAAUUUGUAUCGCUCUCUGAUUGUUCAAAUUACAUUAUGCUUCCUUGGAAAUAAAGUGCAUGUUGUUAUUU